AUGAGCGAGUCUUUGAAACCGCUAGUGGAUAGGAUUGUUUCGCAGCCCUUACAGUUCAAGAAAGCCACCAAGGAAGACUCAUCCAACGUUAUGGCAGAAGGUUCUUCGUAUAUAAUGAUCUCAUCGGGUGCUCAGAAAGCGCAGCAGGAACUCGACGAUGAGCACAAGUCGAUGGUGUCAGGUACGGCCAACGAUGCCAGCAAGGCUAGUACCUCAGCUGGUAGCCAGACCAAGGCUCGCAAGGAGGCAUCAAAGCCAGCUUCCUUUGCUGAAGCUUUAAAAAUGUACACUUCCAAGAAAUCAGCGAUGACAUCCACGUCGACUGCCAAGCAAGUUGGCUUGGCUAGCACGUCGUCAGCAUCAUCCGCUGGCAAGUCGAUGACGUUAGGCGAUGAACUGCUUCUCAGCGAUGAUGAAUAUCGUGGAUCUUCUACGGAUGAUGAAGAGCAUCCUAUGUCACUUUUAGAUAGUCAUGCGACGCCAGAUUCCAAUGAUGCUGCCUCCCAUUCAUCAACUUACAGUCCUGGAGAUGCUUCAAGUGACUCGUCUUCAGAAGACGCUUCUGCUUCUAAUUCUGCUUCUAACUCCGCUACUGCAUCUGCGUCUGUCUCUGCGUCUGUCUCUUCCACAUCGUCGUCAGAUGAGGAUGAGGAUGAAGUUUUCCACGAAGCAAGCGAAUUCAUUCAAACCCCAUUACAAGACACCAGCAUACUUCAAAAUGCAUCGGUUCAUCAAGAUGGAGAUGAAGAUGAUAGCGACGAUGGCUCUUUCCAUGGGAAUUCUGACUCUUCUACCCAAAACAGCAGCGACGAGGGCGAAGGUAACCUAAGUAUAUCAGAAGAUGAGAAAGAAGCUCUAAAACUUGAAAGUUUAGAACACCAGGGGAGCUCAUGUAACAACAAGCUUCCAAGUGAAAAGGCUGAGGAACAAGAGGAGGAUGAAGAUGACGAUGAAGAAGAAGAAGAAGAAUUGAAGCACAAGUCUCCGAUGCCUCCAUCGCCAACUCCUCCAACCACUUUAAUGGACAAGUCAAGCUUCUACCAAUUCAAUGAAAAUGCAAAUGACCAUGGUUGCAACAAGCCGCAGCGCAUAAUCAAGAACUGGGGGCCUAAACUCACUCAGCUAAAACCACGGGGUUUGUUAAACCACGGGGUCACGUGCUAUACAAAUGCUGCAGUUCAGACUAUGGUCCAUAUUCCUGCCAUCCAACACUACUUAUUCCAGUUACUUCGUGGAGACUACAAGAAUACUGUUAAAGCAGGCUCUGUGUCACACGUCUUGGCAGAAACUACAAUGAAAAUGUGGGCGCCAGAAGCAACGAAGAAUACAUACAUCAAUCCAGACAAGUUAAUUAAUUCCUUAGAGGAUAUUAACUGUAUGAUGAGUGUAUGGAAUCAAGAGGAUUCGCACGAAUAUUUCAUGUCCUUAAUGUCCAGACUUCAAGAAGAUUCUGUUCCUAAAGGACACAAAAUGACUGAAUCUAUCAUAUAUGAUGUGUUCGGUGGUCUAUUGCAACAGUCAGUCAAAUGUAGUAACUGUGGGGAGGUAUCAACAACAGAACAACCUAUAUAUGAUCUUUCCCUCCAUUUGAAAGGCAGGAAAACUAACGGAGAGGACAAUACUGGUUUAAACCAAAAUAACUCUCAGGAUAACUCCAACGAUCAACAACAGUCAUCCAAGAGAAGAUUCUCUAUCGAAAAAUCUAUUCGUGACUUUUUCAAUCCAGAAUUAAUUAAAAGAGUGGAUAACAAAGAGGGUUACACCUGUGAAAAGUGCAAGAUGGUCACAAACGCUCUAAAGUCUAACAAAAUAAUACGUGCUCCAGAAACCCUUGUGGUGCAUUUGAAGAAGUUCAGAUUCAAUGGUACUUCGUCUUCAAAAAUGAAGCAAGCUGUAUCCUAUCCGAUGUUCUUAGAUCUCACAGAAUAUUGUCAUGAAUCUAUAAGCUCAUUGCCAGUUAGAUAUCAACUAAUUAGUGUGGUUGUUCAUGAAGGUAGGUCAUUGUCUAGUGGUCACUAUAUUGCUCAUUGUAAGCAGCCAGAUGGAUCUUGGGCUACCUACGAUGACGAGUACAUCAACAAAAUAACUGAAAAACAGCUUCUCAAAGAACCCAAUGCAUACUAUUUGGUGUACACAAGACUAACGCCGAAAUCUAUACAACUUUCAAACAUAACGAGUUCCAAGAAAUCAGUUGAUUUCGAUACACCUAGAUUACACAAGGAAUCUUCUUCGAAUCAAGGUUCUAAACGGAAGAAUAAGAAUCAAAGGAAAAACAAGAACAAGAACAAAAGUAAAAAGAGAAGAAUAUCUCAAUAG